AGUUGUGUUCAUGUUGCGAGGGGAGUAGUUUUGUUUGAAAUAAAGUAUUUUCUACUACUUUUCCAAAUGUAACGCUACUUCAACUUACAAGUGAAUUUAUAAUAUUAAGUAUUAUUGUGUAUUUGCCGUACUGCUGUGCUAGGAUUCGAGUGUGUCAUGGCGGUUUCUAGUUUUCAAAAGAAAACAAAGCAUGGAAUACCUAAGAUUUCAGGCACAAGGCCUUCACUUCGUAAUUCUCAACUGCUGAUCUCAACUGGUGUUCCCUCGCUUGAUUACUUUAUAGGAGGAGGUCUUGCAGUUGGAACUGUAAUGUUGAUAGAAGAAGAUGUCUUUGGAGCAUAUGCAAGGAUACUGUUGAAGUAUUUCAUAUCUGAAGGAAUAGUUUGUGGUCAUUCUCUUUUUUUGUCAGGAGGAGAUGUUUCACCAACCCAGAUCUUGCAGGGGCUUCCAGCACCCAUCUCUGAUAAUUCAGCCCACAGGAAAUCUGAACCAGAGUCACGACAGGUUGGUGCAGAACCUAUGAAGAUAGCAUGGAGAUAUACAGAUCUUCCAGUUGUUCAGCCUGCUCCUGCUGUCCACCAGUUUGGACAUUACUAUGAUGUCAGCCUGGUCAUGGACAGUAAAUUAAUGCAGCAGUGUGACAUAGAAACCUAUGAUAUUUGUGAGGGAAGCACGGAGUCUCCUCAGCAGUUCAGUGGUACACUUCUUCCCCAGCCAUAUCAAAUGGUUCUCUAUAAGAUCUGGAGAAGACUGAAGAAGGGAAAUUUUUUGACAUCAUCAAACCCAGCUCAACCAAACAUUCUGAGGAUUGGCAUUCACUCUUUGGGAUCACCCUUAUGGAGAACUAUUAGUGAUUCAGAAAGAUCCAGUUCUUCAGACAGUCCUAUGUUUAAGUUUCUGCAUCUUCUACGGGCUCUUCUGAGGUCAGCAUAUGCAGUGUGUGUGGUUACUGUGCCGUUACAUCUUAUUCAGGACGUGGAGCGACUAAGAUUUGAGUCAGACACCGUGGUUAAAUUAGAAUCUUUUGCUGGAUCAGACAAAGAGAUGAACCCUGUAUUUAAAGAUUAUCAUGGACUUUUUCAUAUCGUGAAACUCCCACGGUUAAAUUCUCUGACUUCAUUUAUUCCAGAGACUAAAGAUCUUUGUUUCCAACUUAAAAAGAAAAAGUUUGCUAUUGAGAAACUUCAUAUUCCACCUGACCUCUCUGAAACUGCUAGCAGAACCAAUAAAGAUCCAGUAGUGGACAAAAUAUCUCAUAAGUUAAUUGGCUGUAGUUCUGCUACUAAGAUUGAGAUUGACUUCUAAACAUGUUUGAAGUUUAUGUAAAUAUUGUGAAAUAAAAUUUUGAAAAACAAUCA